UUCAUUUAUGAUUAAAUCUGACCAUAAUAAACAAAAUAAUGAAAAAAUACAACAUGAAAAACUUCUUCCUGAUAAUUUAUCUUCAUCAAAUAUAUUAUUCAGAACAAAAUUAUCUGAUUCUGUGGAAGAUAUAUCCGAGGAAACUUUUAAUAAUAAUUCUCAAGAAAAUCAACUUUCUCUUACAGAACCUUCUCAACUAAUCCUUCAGGAAUCUGAUUCCGACCAAAAUGCUUUGGAAAAAUUCGCUGAUUUUAAACAAUCUCCCAUUGCGUAAGAUCUCUUAUCAAUCAAAAUAGUAUUUAUAUAUAAUCCUUCAUGCUCUUCUUGAUGAUUGAAUCUGAUUGUUCAUAUACUUGAGAAUUUAUUUCAUUUCUAUCAUUUUUAUUUUUUUAUAUAUUUAUAGACCAAGAUUUUUUAGUCGGUUUUUUUUUCUUAAAAAUCGUUAUCUUAAAAACUUAAUAAUUUUGCCUUUUAGAUUGAUUUUCAUAUGAAGGAUAGGGUGCGAAGUGCACCUUUAAGCCGGGUAUAUUUUGAAAAAACAGGCUUUGAACGUAUAAAAAAAAAUGUUAACUUAUCAUUAAAAAAGCGUCCUUUUGAUGUUCAUAAAAAGUGGGUUCAUGAUCUUUAUAAUGAAAAAAAUGAAUCAAUUGCGUUAAAUGAGGAAAUACAUAAGAAAUUGGCAUCGAAUCCCUUAUUUCAGCGUUUAAACUGCAAAAAGGAUCUCGAGAAAGAUGACUCGCUUGCAAAAAAUCCUUUGUACUCACGGUUGAAUGGUUCUCAGACGGUAAUUAAAGGAUCGGCUCAAGGAAAGAAUUCAUGGACUAUUAAAGGCAUUUCUGGUGCAACUACAGUAAUUAUAUGUAAUCUUGUUGAAGGAACGUCGGCAGAGGAUGUAAAAACAUCUCUUGCAUCUUUAGGUCAUAUCCAAGCAUGUUCUGUGUAUAAAGUAAAUCAUGGAGCGUUAGUUCAAGCAGAAGUGACAUUUUCGUUGCGAUCUGAGGCAAAUACUGUAGUAGAGAAAUUGAAUCAAGCAAUUGCAGAUGGCAAUGUUUUAACAGUUUACAUUAAGGAGAAAUAGAAUGACUACAGCAUUUUUCUAUUUUUGAAUAAUUAUUUAAGUGACGAAUAAAUAUCCGUUUUAUUUUUAUAUAUAUUUGUUUUAUUUGAUAUAUUCAUUUUAUUGGUUAUUGGUGUUUUUGUAAAUAAGAAUUAGCUGAAUAUGGAUAAUGUGAUUGUUGUGUUUUAAUGAAUUGUUUAUUUUAUUAAAUAUUUUAAAGAUGAGAUGGAUAGAAAUUGCCAUUAUACCUUAAUAAUUAUGUAUUAGCAUACAAUGCAUCUACUACGCCUUUAACAAUGAUAUUUCUACUUUUGUUUUCAUUUAAAAUGUCAUGUGUUUGACUAUGAUGGGAU